UUUCCUCCUCUAAAACCGACCGGCCGAAGCCGCCGGUGCGCUGAAGCCGCUGCCCCGGACAAGCGGGCGGAGGAGGACUUUGAUGGGGAAACGCUUUUUCUCCCCUGAUGCAUCGUAAGUAACUUAAGUUGAUAUUUAUACUCCGCAAACAAACACGACAGUAUAACAUCUCCCAUCUCUGGAGCGCUGGAGGCCGCGGCGAGGGAUGAGAUCUGCCUUUCCCCAUUCGAGCAGGACACUUUUUCGCUCGUAAUUAAUUUUAUUUGAUUUUGAUUUUUUAAUUUUUCCAUGCUCCGCUCCCGAAGGGUCAUUUGAACUGUAAAGAAAUCGCCGAGGGGGCGAGGGGACCUGGACAGAGAGGCUAUCCAAACGGCUCCGCCGAGGCUCCUCCGCCCCCUCCAAGAUGAUGCUUAGCCCGGACCAAGCUGCCGACUCCGACCACCCCUCCUCGGCGCCCUCCGACCCGGAGUCCCUGGGCGGCGCGGACGCCCAGGCGCUCAGCUGCUGCGUCUCCGACCCGGAGCCCGCCGAGGGCGGCGGCGGCGAGGGCCGGGGCGGCGGCGGCGGCGGCGGCGGCGGCGAGGGUCGCGGCGGGGGCCGGCCCGGGCUGCACCCGCCGCCGCUGAGCCGCGAGGAGAAGCGCCGGCGGCGCCGCGCCACGGCCAAGUACCGCUCGGCGCACGCCACGCGUGAGCGGAUCCGCGUGGAGGCCUUCAACCUGGCCUUCGCCGAGCUGCGCAAGCUGCUGCCCACCCUGCCCCCCGACAAGAAGCUCUCCAAGAUCGAGAUCCUGCGCCUCGCCAUCUGCUACAUCUCCUAUCUCAACCACGUGCUGGACGUGUAG